CAGCAAACCCAUCACAAAAUAAACGUAGAAGAAGAACGCGAAGCUCCAGCAAUGAAGUUUUUCCCCCUCUCUAGUAAAAAUCAACAUCAUUGAAGACUAUUUUUAGUGUAAUCGUAUUGCACAUCAAAUCAGCUUAGUUACGCGCCACGUUCAGGCAGCAAUCUAACAUUCUUCGGUGCCAUUGUAUGGUGCCUCAUCAUCGCGUUUACGGAUGAAAAUCAGCUCGCAGGAUAUUUGUAUUCAUUGUGUGAAGGAUGCCGCUCGGCCUGAAGCCAUGUUGCACCGUCUGCAAGACCAACUCGUCGUCCAUGUGGAAGAAAGGGAACCAAGGAGAUAUCUUGUGCAACAAUUGUUCGGUGAAGAGCAGCACCAGCCCUGGCGGUGGGAGCGGCGGCGGCGGCGGCCCGUCGGGAGUCUCCGCGUCGUCCAGCAUUCAGCCCAGUAAUGGUGGAGGCAAGCAGUCAAAGCAGGAGAUCCACAGGCGGUCGGCACGCCUACGGAGCACCAAGUACAAAGCCCCUGCUUCUGAGAAGAAAGUGUCCACCAAAGGCAAGGGCAGGAGACACAUUUUUAAACUCAAGAUUCCAAUCAAAGCACCUGAAUCAGUCUCCACAAUCAUCACAGCCGAGUCCGUCUUUUAUAAGGGCGUGUACUACCAGAUCGGCGACGUGAUCAAAGUGACGGACGAGGAUGACGGGAAGGCGUACUACGCUCAGAUACGAGGCUUUGUUCAGGACCAGUACUGCGAGAAGAGCGCCGCGCUCACGUGGCUCAUUCCCACGCAGGCCAGCCCCAAAGACCACUUUGAUGCCGGCACCUACAUUUUGGGUCCGGAAGAGGACCUGCCCCGGAAAAUGGAGUACCUGGACUUUGUGUGUCACGCGCCGUCAGAGUACUUCAAGUCGCGGAGCGCGCCGUUCCCCACCGUCCCCGUGCGUCCGCAGAAAGGUUACAUCUGGACGCACAUCGGACCCACGCCUGCUCUUGCCGUCAAAGAGUGAGUAUAGCGCAGCUGCACUUUUAACCAGCAGGAACUUUGAUCUGUUUGUACAGUUUCUUGUAUAUGGUAAUUAUGUUUCUAUAUGUUAAAAAAAAAAAAAAUUGGGACCACCAAUUUGCAAAAAAAAAGUUGUUUUGUUUUAUCCAGUCAUUAAGCACACUGCUUGUUUCCGUGAACGUCAUCAAAAAUGUGUCUAUCCAACAUUUUUCGUGUCUGGACUUUGGGAAAUGGCUUAAGCAGACUUUUUUCUUUUUUUUUUUUUUUUUUUGCCUUUGGAAGAAAGUUCAAGUAGUUGGAAAGAGUGUCAUCCAAGGACUAAAUUUUUCCCUCCCGCUUUUGUUUCAAAACAAAGGACUAUUCAUGCCGUACCAGAACGGAGGGACUGGAGUAAUUUAAUGCAGGGGCGAAGGACAGUGGGCGGUUCGGGGGGGCAGGGGGGGUUGUGUUUUUCAUAUUACAGUCAUACCUCGGUUUUCGACCAUAAUCCGUUCCAGAAGGCUGUUUGAAAACCAAUUUGUUGGGAAAAAAAAUCUUUAUUGAACACAUCUGUUCACUAGUGAUGGCCAAAUGAAGCCCCAUGAAGCAAUGAAGCUUUGCAGCCAAUUGGUUUGCUCACGUAGCAAAGCUUCAUGGUGCAUUAUACUCUACGGCGCCAUCAAGUGGUCCAGAAGCCCAACAGGUCAACAGUGUUAAGAAUUUAAUGGCUAUUUGCCCAAGACAAAGAUAUGAAUGUGCUUGUGUUCGUAAGUUAGUAUGUGAACAAAAUACAACAAAUGCUAAGGAUAAUUUAUUCUUCAUUUUUAUUUAGAAAUAAUAGUUUUCCCACAGUGACUGACUUUAAACGCUCUUCAUGCCUUUGUCACAUCCCGGCUCGAUUACUGCCCUUUACUUUGGAGUCAGCCAGGCCUCUCUGAGCUCAUCCGCCCCUACACACCUGCCCCGGCGCCUCAGGUCUGUGGACCAGACAUUAUUAGAAGUACCAAGAGCUAAACUGAGGCUCAGAGAGGAUCGAGCCUUUUCUGUUGCUGGUCCCUCUCCCUGGAAUGACCUCCCACUGAACAUUCGGCAAACCUCCUCGCUGCCCAUCUUCAAAUCCCUCCUCAAAACUCACUUGUAUUCUUUGGCAUUCGACUCAGCAUGACUUAGAUUUGUUCUUGGUUUUACUGUUCGGUGCUUUCUACCGUCUUUGUUAGCGAUUUGUUUGACUGUUUAUUGUAUAUGUUAAAUUGCUCCAUGUACAGCACAUUGUAUGCAGCGAUGGCUGUUCGAAAGUGCUCUAUAAAUACAAUUGAAUUGGAAUUUUUUUGGACAAUAUUUCACCAGCUUUAGAAAAUAUUCUUUGCAGAGAAAUGCGAGUGCCAGUUUGUAUAAAUUUGGGUAGGUAUGGCCCAGUUUCAUGGCUCUCCUUGCUCUCAUGCAAGGCUCUAUAAUGCCUUAACAUGGAUGAGGUGUUAUUGACACUUCACCUGUGAAAUAACAAUAGUUAGACAAAAGAACAAGUGAAAAGCUGCAUUGACACAUUUAUAUUAAUGUAGUUAUUCUCCCUUACCUUAUUGGAAGCAAUCAAAUCAAAAUGUUCCCAUAUAGGGGACGUUCACCUUUUUCACGCAGGUUCCGUCGCAAGCAACGGACAAGGCUCGAAAAAAGAUUGCACUCGUUGCACUGUUUGCGCACAGGUGGAACAAGUCCAGGAGCCCGAAAU